AUGGCAGACGGGUGUUGUCACGGGCACAGCCACUCAGGAGGGAAUGGACACAGUCAUUCAGGAGGACAUGGACACAGCCAUGGACCUUCUGAUGCUUGUGAGGGUGAAGGUUUGAAAGGCGAGGAGUUCAACCUGUACCUAAAGAUUGACAUGGACAGCCUCACUUGUCUCAACGAAGAAGUGGAGGGAUCCGCAAAAGCGGUUUUUAGAUCGUUUGAAGAAAGGCUUGACAGAACGAAGUUUGUUUCCAGUGAUGUUGAUGAGGAGCUUCUUUUUAACAUUCCGUUUACUGGGAUAAUCAAACUGAAAGGGAUGCUUAUCAUUGGUGGAGAAAGAGAAAGACACCCAAACAAAAUGAGACUUUUCAAGAACCGACCCAGUAUGUCUUUCGAUGAUGCCAGAGCAAAACCAGACCAGGAAAUGGAUGUCCAUGUGGACCAUGAGGGUUUUGUGGAGUACAAGCCUAUUGUGGCACGGUUCAGUGAUGUCAGUCACCUGUCAAUUCAUUUCCCGAGUAACCAUGGUAACUCUGACAAGACAGAAGUGUUCUACAUUGGCCUCAAAGGAGAUUUUCUCGGGGCUCACAGGCAAGAAAUCGCGAUUACCACAUAUGAGGCCCUGCCUAAUCCUGCAGACCAUAAAACUGACUCUAUGGAUCCAUUCAACCCUCUGGUGUCUUGA